GCUGAUACCUGAGUCUCGAUCUUGACUUCGUGAGACGCUGCAUUUUUAUUUUAUCAUCACACGAAGACUUAAAGUUACUUUUUAUUUAAUUAAAAACAUGUUACGUAUGAAUGUGUAGUAUCAUAGAAAGUCUGAAUGUAUAGAUAUUAAUGAACUUUGUUUAAAAUGGAUGAAUCAAAAAGAGGUACCCAAUCCGUAAAUAUUGAAGAACUAAAGACUAAAGGGAACGAAUGUGUUAAAGAUGGGAAAUAUAUUGAAGCUGUUUUACAUUACACUCAAGCAAUUAAAAUGGAUCCAAUGAAUUACAUCUUAUACAGUAAUAGAUCGUUUGCGUUUUUGAAGUUAGAUCAACAUUAUUUAUCCCUACAGGACGCCAACGAAACUGUGAGAUUACAGCCCCAGUGGGCAAAGGGUUAUUUUCGACGAGCAGAAGUUGAAGCUGCCAGUGGAUUAUAUGAUGAAGCAAUUCUUUCAUACACUAGAGCUUUGCAGUUGGAACCUCAUAAUCCAAAAUUAAUGGAAUCUAUUAAAAAUAUAACGGAUAUGCAAAAAAAUAAAUUAAAAGGUAACCAAAACACUAUCUGGAUCUGCACAUGUAUUGGAUUUAUUAUUGGCAUUAGUAUUGUAGUAUUAGACUACUCCUUGACAACAAACCCUACAUUAUCACAACCUCUUAGUAUGGUGGCAUUUUCAAUAGCUUUGGCAGGCCUAGGUUGGACUAUUGGGAAGACUUCUACAUUAAUGAGUGCAUGGAGUGCUGGAAAAUCCUUGCAACCACCACCUGAUUUAGUUUCAAAUGACACCAAUGAAAAAGACGCCGUUCCAGAAAAGAAAACUAAAUACAGUAAAGCUCAAGCGAGGCAAAGGUAUAAACAGGGAAAAAAUUAGUUGAAAUUAUUCAAAAUUGUACUUUUUUAUAGUGGUUUUGGUAUAUAAUAUAUUGUGGUGUGGAAUAGGGUAAGAAAUUAAGAUGUUUUGACUAGAUUUUCUAUCACAUUAGAUAUAUUAUAAAGAUGUCUGAUUAAGUAAAAUUAUACAAAAUACUUUUACUGCAUUUAAAUUUCUACACAUAAUAUUAAGGUACCCAUUAAAAAAACCAGGACAAACUUAUUCAUUAUUUGUUGAAUUUGAAUGCGUUGUAUUAUUAAAAAAUAUUGUGACUUAA